AUGUCGCAGCCCACCCUGAUCAACCUCCCUCCCCCGCCCUCAGAACCACCCACGCCGUCUGACAUGGGCCCAAGCACUCCCAACUCAGGCACCACCUCUCUCUCCGCGCUCUCCACGACGGCCAUCAACGACGGCCACCAGGGCAAGCUCCGCCCGCACAGCCACCGACUCCGCCGGCGCCCGUCCGACGCCUCCGACACCUCGACCGACACACUCGCAGCCGAACGCGCAGACCGCAUCUCCCGGCUCGCAGGCUUCGAGCGCGUCACCGCCUCCCGCCCCUCCACCAUCACCAGCAGCACUGGUCACCACAACCACCCCAACCCGUCCUGCGACGACGACCUGCAGCUCCCCAGCGGCGCAUCACCGGGCUACUUCGACCCGUCGCACACCCAGCAGCAGCACCAGCAGCAGUCGCUGCCAGCGCACCUACAGUUCAAGGAGCGCAGCACGGUCGGCAGCGCCAGCGCGACGGGCAGCAGCGUGGGCGGGCGCGCGACGGCCUGGAGCGGCAGCGACAUCUUCGACCACGACCGGCUGAACGACGACGACGGCGUGUCCAGCCUGGGCGGCUUCAGCGACGAGAACGCCAGCCUGGUCGGCUUCGGCGAGGGCGCCAACAGCACCACCAGCGGGCCCGUGUCGUCCGCCGCGCGCGUCGCCUUCCUGAGUCGCCAGUCGUCCGGCGUCGGGAGCACGAGUGCUGCUGCCGCCGCGGCGUCGCGUGCGGCGGCCGUGGCCGCUGCGGCUGCGACGCACCCGCAGCAGGGCGAGGCGUUUGACGAUGUGCGCAUGGUGGACGGCGUGACGUUUGAUGAGAACGUGGUGGAUACUACGGUGCGGUCGCCGCGGCCUGUCUCCCGCUAA